CCAGUUAAGUCAAUGAGACUGCCUGACUGACUGACGGACAUUUGGCUGUCGCUGUUGGAGCGCAUGCGCAGCGUAUGCUAUUUUUUUGCUGGUUUGAUUUGAUUUCUUAUGCGGUAGUAACUUUAGUUCUGUUUCGAAGUUAGAAGUGAACGUGCGCGUUUUAAGUUAAAAGCUUUUUUAAGAGCCAGCCUAUUGAGUGGAGAUUUUCUGUCGUGAGCGAGAAGUGAUAAAAUCGAAACGAAAAUGAAGUUAAUUUUUAUAGCUGCACUUCUCAUACUCAAUGUCUCCCAAUCAUUUCACAUGGAAAUGAACGAUGAGGAUGGAAACGGUUUCAACUCACUUUCGACGACAAUUGAUAGACCAGUCCAGCUCGAGGAAAGGACUGGUCAUCGGGCGAAACGCGGCAUUUGGGAUUUCUUUCAGAAAAUGGUCAUAACCAAAAAUCUAAUUGUGGAGCAAUAUACUGAUACGAGAGAUACCUUGAAUGAGGUGUAUAAUAUGUUCAAUAGUCAAUUUUCGGAUCCAGCGCCGUCGAAACCCACACCACGCAGUACAAGCACUGAAGCACCGAAAACGAGCAGUGAAGAUAGCACGGAUAGUUCUGAAGUGAAAACCACUACCGAACGUUAUCAGAUAUCACGCUACGAACUUGGCCGCAUUCUAGGACGUAAUUUCAGAGGCCUCAAUCGUUUGGCACAAAUCGAGUUUCAAGAUGCUUUCAAUGCAACAAAAUACAAUUUGGCAGAAUACAGAGAAGAGGCCAGCAAACAAUUUGCCAACAGUUUGGCAGCGGAGAAAAAGAAACAAUUGAAGGCACUGGUAAAAGGCUAAACACAUACAUCCUAC